UGUGUAAACAUUGCGGAAAAUGAUCACAAUAUCUUGAUAACAGGCCAAGCUGGAACAGGAAAGACAUUUACAGUAAAAACAUUGUGACAUGGUCACCAUCUGUACCAAGAUGGGUAUCUCUAACGAUGAGGAAUACUCACUGGUCCGUGAGAUGAUGGACGACGAGAAAGAGAAGACGCUGACUCUACGCCAAGACAAGUCCAUCGCCAAGGACCAGAAGAAACUCUACGAGAUGAGAAAGAAACUCCGCACGGAUGACGAAUUGGAGUGGUUGGACCAUUCACGGACCCUGAGGGAACAGGGGGUGUUGGACGUGGACACACUACUGCUGAGGAGGAAGUUCUUUUUCUCCGACCGAAACGUUGACCAGCGUGACCCUGUACAACUCAAUCUGCUAUACGUACAGGGUAAAUCUAACCUAAUCACGGCAGGUAAGACGGUCGGCGAGGCGUCACAGGAAGUGAUGACAGGCAUUGGAGAGACGGCUGACGACAUGGACAGGAUGUACCAGGAGACAUUGCUAGCUCUUGCUAAGGCAGUGGCCAAUGCGACGGCCCAGCUCGUCCUGAAGGCCAAGAGUGUGGCCAGCACCACCGAGUACCAGGGGCUUCAGAACAAGGUCAUCAGCUCGGCGACCAGCUGUGCCCUCACGACAGCUCGUGUUUAUCCAUGUACAUCACAGAACAAACUGAUCGACCGGGCGACGGUCUGUACCCUCGCCACAUUUCAACUCGAAGCUUAUAGCAAGGUGGUGGCUCCGACCAUCAGUAGCCCGGCCUGUCAGGAACAGCUGAUAGACGCCGCAAAGGGUGUGGCUCACUCUGUGGAGGGAAUCGUGGAGGCGGCCCAGCAGUCCUGUCGCGACGACAAGCUUCUGGCCGACCUAGGCGCCGCAGCCACCGUGGUUGGUGAGUCCCACGAGGACGCAGUGGACACGAUCCUGACUGUAACGGACAGACUGUUCAGUAGUGUGGGCGAUGCCCACGAGAUGGUGAGACAGGCCUGGCAGCUAGCUCAGGCGACCUCUUCAUUGGUUGGGGCCAUCAGGGGAGAAGCUGAGGGCCACUCUGACUCGGACAUGCAGAAGCGGCUCCUGGCCGCCGGACUACUCGCUGAUGCCACCGCGAACAUGGUGGAAGCUGCCAAGAUCAUGAAUGAACAGCUGCCUCUGUUGAUCCAAGGAUUCCGGGGAUCUGAGACAAACCAGGACAGCGCUACAGCCCAGCUACAACUGAUUAAUGCUAGCAAGGAAUUUAUACAGGUGGAGGCGUCGGCCAUGAAACUUGGCUCCACCUCUAAGGACGUGGGAUCGGCGAUGGCUCAGCUACUGACGGCUGCCUCACAGGUAAACACAGAUAAAUGUAUAAUGGAGACAGAAAUUUUGUAG